UUUAUUGUGAAGUGAGUUUUUCGAUAGUGUACCAAUUAUUUUAAUUUUUGUUUAGUGAAUGCUGUGUAAAUUGUAAAACCUAAUUAUUGAGAAGUCUUUAGUUUUCAUAUUAUACCUGUAUCUUUCUUAUUCGUUUUAAUCUAGCCUUUAUGUUCUUACUUCAGUGUGAUAAGGAAGAAUGAUAAUGACCUAAUCUAAAGAAUUAACUUGAUUUGCUAUGACUUCAAACUGAUUGUAUCAAGAUUUUGAUAAAGAUGUGGAGAAAUUACUUCUAAAACAACAUUAUGAAAUAACCAUAUCACUAUGACAGAAAGCAUUUCAACACUUACUGCUCCCAUUUCACUGUCCACAUAUCAUCAGCUGAGUUUAACAGUUGAAUCAGCAAGCAUUCGAAAUUCUGGAUUUUUAAAACCCAAUCCUUAUUUACAAGUGAUAAUAGAUGACAAAAUUUCAAGAAGAACUGAGGUCCUGAAGAAUACUUUACAUCCAAAAUGGAAGGAAGAGUUUACAGUGCUGGUCACACCAUUGUCACAAAUAUUGUUCCGUUUGGCCGACCACCAUAGUUUCAGGAAAGACAAUGUUAUUGGCGAAAAAAGAGUAAACCUAUUGAAAAUUCUUUUAUAUUUUAAUGGAAAAUGUGAAAAUGUGGAACUGAGUAUAGAUUUGAUGAAAACAGUAUCUUCAGACAGUGCAACUACUGCAAACACUGAAGUGAAAGCUGCUGAACUUGUGCUAUUGCUCGAUGGUUUAAGAAUAGAUCCUGCUAUUUUGAGUCAAUCCCAUGAAGUGCUUGGAGAGUCUGCCACCUCCCGAUGUUCUCUUACUGAAGGUGUCAGAGCUCGAAUUAGAUUAAGAAAUAAUCUAGAGACAUUGAGAUCUAUGGGGCAUCCACGAACUUUAAGACCACCGCCGGGUCCGCCUCCACUGAGCAACGGCGCGGCAGUCGCACCGGAGAGCGGCGCAGGCCCGUCGCGGCAGGACGCCGAGCCGCACGCGCCCGCGAGCGCCGCGCCAGCGCCCGCCGUCGCCACGCCCGCCGCCGCACCCGAAGAGCCGCUGCCGCCCGGCUGGGAGAUGCGAUAUGACGUCUACGGGAGACGGUACUACGUGGACCACAACACGCGCUCCACGUCGUGGGAGCGGCCGCAGCCGCUGCCGCCGGGCUGGGAGGUGCGGCGCGACGCGCGCGGCCGCGUGUACUACGUGGACCACAACACGCGCACCACCACGUGGCAGCGCCCCGACACCGAGCGCCUGGCGCGCUUCCAGCACUGGCGCGGCGAGCGGCGCCACGUGGUCGCGCAGGGCAACCAGCGCUUCCUGUACCCGCCGCCGCCGCCCGCGCAGCCCGCCAGCGACCACGACCCGCCUCCCUCAGUAAACAGUAUUUCGGUCCCGGCCGUGGGCCCGGCGGCGGCGGGCGGAGCGAGCGCGGCGAGCGGCGCGGCGGCAGGCGCGGUGGCGGGUGCGGCGGCGGGCGAGGACGCGCCGGGCGCGCUGCCGGCCGGCUGGGAGCGCCGCGUGCAGCCCGACGGCCGCGUCUACUACGUCAACCACAAGAACCGCACCACGCAGUGGGAGGACCCGCGCACGCAGGGGCAGGAGAUCAGCGCGCUGGAGGAGGCGCUGCCGCCCGGCUGGGAGAGCCGCUUCACGGAGGAGGGCACGCGCUACUUCGUGGACCACAACACGCGCACCACCACGUUCCAGGACCCGCGGCCCGGUGCGCCGCAGGGCGUGCAGGGCGCCUACGGCGUGCCGCGCGCCUACGAACGCUCGUUCCGCUGGAAGCUCAGCCAGUUCCGCUACCUGUGCCAGAGCAACGCGCUGCCCAGCCACAUCAAGAUCACGCUGGCGCGGCAGACGCUGUUCGAGGACUCCUAUCACCAAAUCAUGAGGCUACCUGCAUACGAACUGCGAAGAAGACUGUACAUAAUAUUCCGCGGGGAAGAGGGUUUAGAUUACGGAGGCGUCAGUCGAGAAUGGUUCUUCCUCCUUUCACAUGAAGUGCUCAAUCCCAUGUACUGUCUGUUCGAGUACGCGAACAAAAACAAUUACAGCCUGCAAAUAAAUCCAGCGAGCUACGUCAACCCGGACCACCUCCUGUACUUCAAGUUCAUAGGCAGGUUUAUCGCGAUGGCUCUUUAUCACGGCAGAUUCAUUUACUCCGGUUUCACGAUGCCCUUCUAUAAAAGAAUGUUAAAUAAGAAAUUGACAAUGAAAGACAUUGAAUCGAUCGAUCCCGAAUUUUAUAACUCCUUGGUUUGGAUCAAAGACAAUAACAUUGAUGAGUGUGGCCUCGAAAUGUGGUUUAGCGUGGACUUCGAAGUUUUAGGGCAAGUUAUACAUCACGAGCUGAAACCGGCCGGAGAUAAGGACCGCGUCACUGAAGCCAACAAAGAACAAUACUUGCAAUUGGUUACGCAAUGGCGUAUGACGCGAGGCAUUGAGGAACAAACUAAUGCCUUCCUAGACGGUUUUAACGAGGUGGUGCCCUUGGAAUGGUUGAAAUACUUCGACGAGCGCGAACUGGAGCUGAUGCUGUGCGGCAUGCAGGAGGUGGACGUGGAGGACUGGCAGCGCAACACCAUCUACCGCCACUAUACGCGCACCAGCAAGCAGGUCGCCUGGUUCUGGCAGUUUGUACGACAAAUGGACAACGAAAAGCGGGCCAGGCUGUUACAGUUUGUAACGGGAACCUGUCGUGUCCCUGUGGGUGGCUUUGCUGAACUCAUGGGCUCUAAUGGACCACAACGUUUUUGUAUAGAAAAGGUCGGCAAGGACACUUGGCUGCCGCGCUCGCACACCUGCUUCAACCGACUCGACCUACCGCCUUAUAAAAGUUACGAACAAUUGUGCGAGAAAUUAAAUUACGCUAUCGAGGAAACCGAGGGUUUCGGUCAGGAGUAAAUAAAUUUGAUGAUAGCACUAGUAGAAUAAUGUAAAUUAUUAUCACAUUAAUUUUAAACUGCACCGACACCAUGAACGAAUUACUCAGUGGAGCCGUCGUAAAAAGACCAACCAAAUACUUGUAUGAAUAUUUUGUUUAAACAAUAAUUUUAUUAUGUAGAUAUUUUUAGUGUAUUAUGCCAGUUAUAUAAGAUAUAUUUUGUUUGAACUAUAUUUAUAAAGUUCGUCUAUAAAGUUCAAUAAAAGUUCUUAAAAAUAAAA